AUGCCUCGAGUCGUGAAUCCCCCGCAAAAGGGUCAUGGCCGUGGGCCCUCCAAACAAGCCACGACACCGCAUAAAAGUUCUCCGAUGAAGAUCCCACUCAACGACGAUGCGGGCGAGAAAGUUAUGCGCUUUCAGUCCCGCCAGGCCCUCCAUGAUCUCCAAAUGAACCAAAUUAAAGCCGCCGUAAAGACCCCUAUGCCGCCGAUUCGCAAGGUCAACAGCUACGAAAGAGCAUCGAGCAUCAGUCCACUUACCCCACGGGGCUCCGGCACACGAGGGGCAAGAGAAACAGAUUCAGAUGGCCGGCAGAUUGUCAACGGCAGGGCAGUCACGCCAAUGAAACGAGUACCAAUUCUCGCGAACUUCGAAGAAUGGAUGAAAAUGGCGACUGACAACAAAAUUAAUGCGACGAAUUCGUGGAAUUUCGCCCUCAUUGAUUACUUCCACGACAUGUCCCUGCUAAAGGAAGGCGACGGUGUCAAUUUCCAGAAAGCUAGUUGUACGCUAGACGGAUGCGUGAAAAUCUACACUAGUCGGGUUGAUAGUGUUGCUACUGAGACUGGCAAGUUACUGAGUGGAUUGGCAGAUAGCAAUAAUAAGAAGAGACAGCAGGAUGAAGGAGAUGGCGGCGAAGGAGGUGACGAUGAGGAAGAGGAAGAGACUGGGGAAGACGGUGUGAAAAGAAAAAAGCAAAAAAAGACCCGAUCGCACGAAAACACCCUGGCUCCGUCGUUUGCCUCUCUGCAAUUAAAGAAGUUCGAACUGGAAUUUUCAGUGGAUCCCCUAUUCAAGAAAGCUUCCGCAGAUUUCGAUGAGGGUGGAGCUAAGGGACUUCUUCUCAAUCACCUCUCGAUUGACGGCACCGGUAGAAUUGUAUUUGACAGCAGCGACGAUGCUGGAGAUUCCACAGCAGAUGGCGAUUGGACCUCUAAAAAUGAUGAUCGAGAAGCGACCGUUGAAACCGAUAAACCUCCUCAACCUUCGCCAGCAGCACAAAAGGGUGAUUGGGACGACGAAAACAUUGAAAUCGACCUUGGACCCCUAGCCAACAAAUUCUUUUCAAGCUUAGAUAGCCUGGAUGAUCAGGAUAUCUGUCCCUCUCUGAAGGAUUUCGAUCUUGGUGAUCCCAGUGGUUCACUUGAUAUUCCGUUCCUACGUGCACCUGAUGAUUGGCGACAGGACAAGUCCCAGUCUGAAAGAGGAGUUGGAGAAGCCUCCGGAAUCAUGCUGGAUGACGAUAUUGCUGUUGGAUUUGAUGAUGAUGAUGUGACGAUAACCGGCUUCGACUUGGGAGGUGAUGCGGGCUUCGGUGAAGGUGGUGAGGCAUGGGCUAGGGACGCUGCGCUUGAACCCAUGUUAAAAGUCCAUCGUGUCGUUGGUGGUGAUGAGGAAAUGGAUGAUUUUGAUUCUAAUGAUCCAUAUACUAUAUCUCUCUCUCAUCAACCUACCACCAAUGAGCAUAACAAUAUCCUUAGUUAUUUCGAUAAUGCUUUGCAAAAGAAUUGGGCAGGCCCCGAACAUUGGAAAAUUCGACGAAUCAAAGAGACAACCACCGCAUCUAGUGCACCUCCUCGGAUACGUAAAGAGAAGGAUCCCUUUGAAAUUGACUUUGCUUCACCCCUUGAUCCAACGCUCGCGGAGAUGAUCUAUACUUCGUCAAGUUCUAAUUCAGCGAUAUCCUUACCGAAGGCACAAUGGAAGACCAAAGGCAGGAACCUUCUGCCAGACGAUAAACACUUUAAUUCACGAGAACUUCUCCGCUUAUUCCUCAAACCCAAGGCUAGAAUGGGAUUCCGAUCUCUUGCCAGAAGUCGACAGAAUAUGAGCCAACAAAAUAUUGUCAACAACAGCGAAAUGGACGAGGCGUUCUGGGCUGCUCACAAAGCAGGCAGUGAACAAACCUGCCUGGAAGAGAGUGCUGCUCCUACCGGUGCUUAUGACGCGGACUUCUUUGCUGAUGAUGAGGGUCUUGCCUUCCCUCACGGCCUUCCUUUGGGAGGUGAUGAUGACGACGAAAAUAUGCCAUUCGCUGAUGCGAGAGAAGCAUUUUCACCCACUAUUGACUCUAACGCCCCGUCAGGCACUUCUGCAGGCGAACCAGGUGGUCUUUCAGGGCUCACUGCUUUGUUAAACGCUGCUGCAACUCCGGGCGGAGCACUGACAGGUGCUGGUGGAUUUGGCUCUCAACUUGUCACUCAAGGUGGUCGAAGAGUACGCCCCGAAUACGUGGCCUACGCAAGAGUGGCCAAGAAAGUUGACGUACGGCGACUGAAGGAAGAAAUGUGGAGAGGUAUUGGUGACCGAUUAAUCACAUCGUCGUCGUUCAGUUCAGCCUCACCUUCAGCAGCCGUAACAUCUCUAAGCUCACUAACGCCCGUCUCUGAAGAAAAUGACACGGAAUGUCCAAGCCCCGUUUCGUCAAAGACCCCUAAGCCAACAGAAGAUGAUACCAGUACAGAAGGCGGGGUGCUUCGAUUUACAUCCGUAAUGCAAGGGCUUAAAUCUUCCUAUCCUGAACAAGCGUUGCGUGAUAUUAGCACGUCCUAUUGUUUCAUCUGCUUGCUUCAUCUGGCUAAUGAGAAAGGCCUUGUCCUGCAAAACAAAGGCGGCAUGGAUGGAUGGGAGAACAAUGGACUGGAGGAAAUUUAUGUUACUAAGGAUGGAGGCGCUGUUAUUGAAGGGGAGGUCUAA